GGAUGAAGAUCUGGAGUUCGGAACACGUGUUCGGACAUCCAUGGGACACUGUAAUAAAAGCUGCUAUGCGAAAGUAUCCCAAUCCCAUGAACCCAUCUGUGGUAGGAGUUGACGUUCUGGACCGAAGCCUGGAUAAUCAAGGAAGGCUGCACAGCCACCGACUUCUGAGCACUGAAUGGGGGCUGCCAAGUAUUGUUAAAGCUAUUCUGGGAACAAGUAGAACUGUUACAUAUAUUAAAGAACAUUCUGUGGUAGACCCAAUGGAAAAGAAAAUGGUGCUGUGCUCCACUAAUAUUACACUUACAAAUCUUGUAUCAGUUGAUGAACGAUUAGUCUAUACGCCUCACCCUGAAAACCCUGAAAAAACUGUGCUAACCCAAGAAGCAAUUAUUACAGUGAAAGGUGUUAGUCUGAGCAGUUACUUGGAAACGUUAAUGGCAAGCUCAAUAUCCUCCAACGCUAGAAAGGGCCGAGAAGCCUUGGAAUGGGUGAUUGGCAAACUGAACACAGAGUUUGAGGAACUAACUUCAUCCACGCGAGGGAGUGUGAAGGCAGCAAUGGCGGCAGCGUCGACAGAGAACUGAUGGACUGUAACAGAGAACUUUAUUUUUCCAUUAGAUUUUUUUUUCUCGCCAAGAUGGAUACUCCAUAGUUUUUUAUAUAUUUGUUUAUAUUAUGAGAAUUUUAUAGGAUAGAAGUCACAAUCCACCCUAAAAUGUGUGGCCUCUGAGGCA